AUGUCAAAAAUCAGUUUAAAUGAAACGCAUGCUCACGUAAGAGAAUAUAAUCAUGUUCAAUUAAAUUUCUGAUAAGAUGCGGUUAGGUUAGUGAUCGAGUUGAGAAGCACUCGUUGACAUUAUAUAGUUCCCGGAAAAUUAAAAUCCAUUUAUAAGAACAAUGGCUCUAAUGUUAACUAUAGUGUCAAUAACAGGAUCUAUCCUUUUGACACCCUUUUUGAUGCUGUUAGUGUGUAUUAUAUUUCUUGCAUCUAUCGGUAAAAGCUUAGGGGUGAGAAGAUUGUAUGUAAAAACAUUGUUGAUGAUUUUUGAGUAUGGCAGAAAAGACAUAGAAUCUUCUUUAAAGCAUAGAAAAAAAGAAUCACUGGAGGAUAUAGAUGAAGGGUAUAGUGAAGAAAUAACUUCAUCGGAAAAAUUAGUAAAUCCUCCAUUAACAAAUGGUUUUGUGAAUGGUGGAAGGAAUAAUCUAAUUAGCAGGGAUGAAGGAUUAAUUUUCGUACCUGAACCACCUACAACUAAGACUGAAGAAGCCAUUAAAGAGCACAAAGAGAAGUAUAAGGACUUCGAUCUGUCAAAUGUAUUUGAAUAUGUAAAGGCUGGAGUUGAAGCGAUAAUUGAAGAUCAAGUGACUUCAAGGUUCGAGGCCGAGGAACUGAAAAAUUGGAAUCUGUUGAUUCGCACAAAUAGGGGCUACGAAUUCAUAUCAUGGAAACUAACGUUCCUUUGGCUGGGUGGCUUUUUCAUAAGAUAUUUCUUCUUAUUUCCAUUAAGACUGAUUAUUUGCUGUUUCGGGGUAUUUUGGCUUACCUUGUGCACCGCUUUGGUUGGUUACGUGAAGCCUAGUGACUUCAAGACUAUGCUCAACAAGUACGUGUCCAUUAUGUGCUUUGGAAUAUUAUCAAGAGCUAUUUCGUCUGUUAUCACUUAUCAUAAUGAAGAAAAUAAGCCGAAGAAUGGGAUUUGUGUAGCGAAUCAUACGUCUCCCAUUGAUGUGCUUAUACUCAUGUGUGAUAAUUGUUAUUCUUUGAUAGGUCAACGCCACGGUGGCUUCUUGGGAAUAUUCCAAAGAGCAUUAGCAAGAGCCUCCCCGCAUAUCUGGUUUGAAAGAUCUGAAACUAGGGAUAGAAGUGCUGUUGCCAAUAGGUUAAGAGAACACGUGAGUAAUCCCAAAAAUCCACCUAUUCUCAUAUUCCCAGAAGGAACUUGUAUUAAUAAUACAUCAGUCAUGCAAUUUAAAAAGGGAAGUUUUGAAGUCGGCAGUGUUAUUUAUCCAGUAGCCAUAAAAUACGACCCCAGGUUUGGAGAUGCCUUUUGGAAUAGUAGCAGGUACUCAAUGGUACAGUACUUAUAUAUGAUGAUGACCAGCUGGGCCAUAGUAUGUGAUGUUUGGUAUCUGCCUCCUAUGUAUCAACGAGAAGAUGAAUCGGCUAUAAACUUUGCAAAUAGGGUGAAAAGUGUAAUUGCAAAACAAGGAGGAUUAGUAGAUUUAAUGUGGGAUGGUCAACUGAAGAGGGUAAAAGCGAAGAAAGAGUGGAAAGAGAGGCAGCAAGAAGAAUUUUCUAGAAGAUUACAAGCUGAUUAAACAAACUAAGUCUGUUUAAAUAAUUUCACAAAUUAUAUUAAAAUUGCAUAACAGUUUACAUGAUACUUUUAUUCGUCAGUUUUCUUUCUUAGCCAGUCAAGGGCGGAAUUAAAGAAAUAUGAUACAUAUUACAAAAAAAAUUAAUUACAAUUCUAGCUAUUUUUUAUUUAUUUAUGAAGGUUGGCAGGAUUUUUGUUAUUAUUCUAUUCAUUUAAUUGAGAUUAUCUUUUCUAGUACUUACUGCCAAUUAAAUAACAUAACCAACAUUGUUUAACCUCUUGAAAAUAAAGACAAAUUGUUGCUGAACAAAAACAGGAGAAUGAAAAAUUAAAAUUAUGCACUAGUUUUCCAAAGUAUUUUGUGUUCGAACGACGAUACCUUUGUCCUAGAUAUUGCAAGAAUGUCUCCAGUUUCUGUUAAAUACUAUGAUAGUUUAAAAUAGAAAAAUUACAUUUAAACCUGGUUUGUCUUUAAAACGUGCGAGAUUAAAACACAACAAAACGUAGAUUUAUUUUUAUGUUAGUGAAAAUCACAGGAAUCAUUUAUAAGAACGAAAAUUUCAUUAAAGAGAAAAAAAUUCAAAUCUCGCAACCAUAUUUUCAAAAUAUAUUUUUAUAAUGUAAACUGGAUACACUCUCACUACCGCUUUACCAAAUCUUACAACCCUUCUCUCUGCUUUCCAUAGGUUGCUGGUUCAUAUUCAUGAUAAGUGAUUAUUGGUGACCAGGUAGUACAGUGUAUUCAGUCUAACAGUUCCAAAAUACUAACUUAGUUAUUAUGUAAGACAAUAAUUUGUGAUGUUUAUAAUAACUAACCAAGGUUGUGAUUUUAGUGUUGAUAAUACAAUAUUUUACGAUCAAUUCAAUGUAUAAUGAAAAUAAAUGGUGACUUAAUGAACUGAAUAAAGGUUCAAUUCAAUACAAAAAUGAUAAAGUUUAUCAUUUUUCAGCAUACACAUUUUUAAUCUAUGUAGCAGUAAGACAUUAUUGUGAUUGUGUUUUUUCAUUAUAUUAUUUAGUUUGCGAAUGAAAGAAAAAAUUAUAUUCAGACAUCCUGUAUAUUUCUAUAAAGUAGUGAAUGAUCAAGGUUAGAGUGAAUGAUUGUUAGAAGUAAAAUUGUAAUUUUCGAUCGCUUCAUGAUAUUUUUCUUACAUAUGAUUUUUCAUAUCAUACUUUUAGAUAGGUAAUUUUACACCAAUUUCACUAAUACAAAUAAAUAAUAUAAUAGAAAAUAAGGUGAAACAAGUAAAUUGAGUUUGAACUGAAUUUUUCAAUAAAUUAUUAAGGCGAGAAAAUAAAUUGCAUGGUUGUCGAUUGCUCCAGACAGAAAACGUUAAAAAAUAUUUAUAAAUCUAUUACUUGGAAUAAAUAUAAUUUCUAAUUACCUUUGAAGUGAUUAAUUAUUUUAGAAUAUUUUAAAAAUUAUCAAAAAUGAUAAUUACGUGUUAAAAAUAAUUUUUUAAUGCAAUUGAUUAUAAAAACAAGGGCAUUCUAUGAUAAACCAUAUAAGUUUUCGACUCAUUAGAUGUGAUUUCAAAAUGCCUGGAAAAUGGAAAUAAAUGGGUAUUCUAAAAUCAACGCAAAAUUUGAAUUCAAUGAACAUCACUAUGUUUAGUCUUUAGAUUCUCAUAACACACAAGAUAAAUUGCAUCUGGGGCUUUGCUGACAUACACUCUUUUGUCUAAAGUUUGCAUGACACUUUUGUGGAUAAAUUUCAUUGAUGCAAUGUUAAUAUUUUCUCCUCUAAUGCUUGGUUGUGUGGGUUUGGUGAUAUAGACAUUUGGAUCAAGAUAAUUCCAUAAAAAGAAAUCUAAUAUUGUUAAAUCACGCCAUCUAAAGGGAUAAUUCUGAUUACCAAACUAUGAGAGUAUACUACCAGAAAAUGUUUCAUACAGUAAUUGAAUUAUUUUAUAGGUUGUAUGAUAUUUUUAUGGUGGCCAACCAACCAGAAAUACUGUUAUGUUUUUCUACUUCAUACGAUUUAUAUUCGUGGGGUGAAUUAAUAGACAUUGCUUCUUACAUUCUCAAUUUAUUUAAACAUUAUACAAUACACUAAUUCAUAAUAAUUCACUUAUCACUAUCACUUUACUAACUUAAUAAUUUAUUUAAUUCUUCGAUUACUUUGUAUUUCGGUCUGUUCACUACGACUAUUCACGCUACACAAACUCUUUAUAUAUAUAUAUAUAUAUAUAUCCCAAAAAAAUUCUCAAAACUUAUAGACCUUCCCAGAAAUUAUUUAAAAAAACAGUGUGAAUAAACCGCCUGCUAUAAUAAAAACAAACAUCAAACGGAUUCCGCGGCUUAUAAAAAGUAUGUCACAGGCGCCGUUCACUUUCGCCGAUUGUUAGAAUUUCACUACAUCUAGGCAGGACCGGUCCAGGGCAGAGACACGUUCGUGGCAAUACUGUUCUGAUCAUAAUUUUUUCUAAAAGUUUUGAACUAAAGCCACCAAACUUUCAUUAUGUUUGAGAUAUUCACAAUAGUGAUGCUUCAUUUGUACUAAUCUUAAAAUGUGAGUUGUCCUUUUUUCUGGGUUGUCAAUAAUUUAUGUAAAAUAUGGCGACAAAUUCAAAUGUUACGUUAAUUUUGAGAUACCCUGUAACUUAUAAUAACAAGUAUUGUAGAUUGAACAUUUCACCAAUCAAAAAACGGAAAUUGAAAGUUUUUCUGAUAAUAAUUCAUUUUCACUGCACUGCAUUUACACCUCUUGUUUUAAUAAUAUUAAAAUAGUCACUUUAAUCCGCCCUUGAAAUUAUUAAAUCUAGUCUCAUUCUAAAUAAAAUAUUUCGUGAUAUUUUGACAACCGAUUUUUUAGUAUGUACAAUGUGUAUAAUUAUUGUAUUCUAAAGUGAAAACUAUUUUAAUUUAAGAAGUAGGUAUAUGUAUAUUUACAUAACUGAAGCUUGCUUUCUGGAUAUGCAAAUAUUUUUAUAAACUGAUAAAUUAACAUAGGCAAUUAUUCUACUUGCAGAACUAUUCAUAGCAGUUUUAUUAUACAGGAUAUGGUACCAAAAACUAAAUAGAUUGAAUAUCUUUUGAUCAUACCUUCCACUUUACCACAUAUCUUUCCUUCUCCUGUGUGACAAAUAAAACUUAUGUAACAUACUAAGUGUUGAACGUGGUUAAAAAAUUAAUUCUAUUAGGAUUUUGACCAUGACACUAUUCUGUGGAAAUAAUUAAGUUUUCCAUAUUUAAAAUAUUGAUAUUUCCUAAAUAUUUUAUACACAAUACACCCCUUCUAUGUUUAUUAUAUUUGUUUCUCACUUAUAACUGUUCCCAUUUUUUUCGAUGUCUUUAAUUAAACUUCUUUCUAGUGACAUGUAGUGAGAGCUAAUGACGUUCCUACUAACACAUCCAGUUUCCUUUCAUAUUAUUCUCUUUCAAUAAGUGUACCACUACAUUGUUUAUUUUCGUUUAAUGUUGAUCGUCUAACAAUACAUAGCAUCGCCCGUAUUGCAUUGAUUCUUAUUUUAUCUAUUACAAUCAGAUUUCCUAUGAAUACUUAAUUUCUGCAACUUACAGUGCAGCCUAUUUUAUUUUAGUAAAAAAGUUGGUAAUGAUAUUAUCCCUCCAGGGACGAGCCUAAAAUUUUUAAUUAAUUCUUAUUUUUUUUUCAAUACAAUUGUUAAUUAGCUAUUUAAAGUCAUAGGAAAAAUAAAAAAUAAAUUAUUUUUCGUCCUGGGAAAGUGGGAAAGCGGGAAAACGGGUGUGACCAUAAGCUCACAUUCGUCCUUGAGAGGUAAAAAUAAAAACAAAUAAAUCAAACUAAAAAAUCGUCAUUUAUUAACUAUUAUUACUUUUUUCUAGUAUAAGUAAACUGUCAUAAACUAUUUACGUAUGUUAUAAACUAUUAUUUAUAAUAACUGUUACAAAAAUAAUGAUUAUUUUGUCACUUUUUAUGGAAACCCGAAAAACAUCGCACACACAACCCGACUUCGCUCUUUUCGCAAAUUGUUCUUACAACCGAACUACAAUCCUUUCCUGCACAUCUUCUCCUCUUCUUGCCUUCAGUUUCGGUUAUAUAAUGAUCCAAAUGAUCAAAUCGCAAAGUUUCCAUCACCCGAUUCGAAACUGAAGUGACAGAUGAUGACCCAUCAAGGGACUUUGAGUCAGUUUUGUACCUUUUCAAAUACGUUUGGCAAAGUUCUCUACAAAAGUUUAAUUUCGUUAUAUUCCCUAUUGAUUUCCUGUACAUUACCCAGGCAUUAUUUGUUGCUGCAUCAAUUAUCCAUGUAAAUAUUGGCCACCACCACUUUUUGCUCCUAAUGGAUAUUCUCCAUUUUGCCAAAUCUUCAUCCAUGCGGUCAGUGCCUCCCAUAUGUUUAUUGUACAUAUUUAUACAGUUAGGUUGUGUUACCGUAAUAUUUUUCUUAUCUUUACGGCUGUACCUCUUCACCUGUGAUUGUGGUGUCGAGCCGUAAGCUGUCGAAGCAACGGUAACUACGGAGCUAUCCAUCCAUUUAUUGACGAAUAUUCCAUUCUAGCGAACUUUCUGAGUUUCCUCUUUUUGAUUUUUUCAUGAAUUGAUUUGUAGGAAGAGGACAGUCCUUUGGCAAGCGAUUUUCCCUUAUCGUCCCUGUUCCACUGUAGCCAACAUCCUUCAGAUGUUUUAAUAAAUUCAUUCCCGUGAACAGAUUAUCGAAAAACAACUUGUAGGGCAGUUUUUUCUUUGCAUCUGGUAGCUCAUUAAGCAUUUGUACAAGUGGAGCAGCUGAUUUUCCAAACAUCAACUCGUACUCUGAGUUAGACUUCGGAUUUUUUCCUUGAUAUACAUCAAAGUUGACCAGGUAUCCAAAAUUAGUGUUCAGGCACCACACCUUAUAUCCAAAUCGGAUUGGUUUUCCACGAAUAAACUGUUUACAGCCAUGUCUCGUAAUAUUUGAUCAUGGCUUCAUCAAAAGCCAAGUGCUCAAAUGGCACAAAGUGUUUUUUAAAAUUCUUUGUCCAUCAUAGGACGAAGCUUCCACAUCUUGUCUGUUGCCGAUGCUCCUUUGCUGUUGUCAGCAAUAUGUAGAUAUUUCAUUAUUUGUAUGAAUCGAUGAAUUGAGUUUGCCACCAAUUCGUUAUGCAUGUCAUCUUUCGUAUCCCAGUAAUAUUUUUUCCCAGGCAAAACGUUAUAUCCCGAGAGAAUCAAAAUUGCUAUUUCUACCUUUAUUUCUUCUUUUUUUAUUUGAGGACUCGGAGAGUUUUUGAAAAGGGCGUAUUUUUCCGACUCUUCUUGGAGGAGCUGAAUUGUCUCAUCAUCAAUAAAUAAUUCGAAAAAGUCUGCUGGUGUCAAGCCUUUGUACUCAUCAUAACUGAAUUUUCCGAACGCAUCGGUUGGUUGAGAAAAAAGGUCUCCUUCUAUCCAUUUUCUUUUGCUUGUAGGAACGAAACCCAGCACUGAUUUAUCAAUUUCAUAUUUUCUGCCCACCAGUCUGAUUUUUGCAUCUGCCGCUAAUUGCCUGCCACCCAGAUUGUCAAGCAAUCCACCCUCAUCUUCGUCCGCACUGUCUUCUUCUGAAAUAACAUUUGGUUCUGGAGGAGUUAUGAAUAUUGCCUCAACAUCAGGUUCUUGUUCGUCAUCUGACGGUGCAAGUAACAUCUGCAUUGCCUCCUCUACCGUUAUUCCGACGAAUUUCAAAUUCUCUCUGCAACAAAAGAGAUCAAUGCGAGAAAUUGAAAAUAAACAUGAAUUAAACAAACAAUGUGGCGUUAUAUGAAGGGGAUUCUAAGGCAAAUUUAGAAAAAUUAUUUACGACCGCCUUAGCUUGAUUUAUGAAAUUGGAUCAAUACAAAUCAAAAAUUAGUUUUAUUUGUAUUGAACUAUAAACAGACUACGAUUUCGAUGAAAAUGAUGCAAUAUUCAAUUAUAUUGAGCGAAACUGAUUAAAGAAUAUAUGUAUGAAAAAAAAUUGUUUGUAGAAGAGCAUUUGAAAAAGAGGAGUGGCAAGGACGAACGUAACCGUGUGGUAACACACGAAUUCCCGUUCUCAUUACAUCCGAUGUAAAUGUUGUAGAAUGAUUUUGUUUGUUUACACAAUUACUUUAAGGUGUAAUGAAAAGAAAAACACCGCACUAGAGUAAAAAAUAUUAGUUGAAAGUAGUAAAAAUUGACUUACCCAAACUCCAUAGUCAUGUUGAAAAAAGGGAAGAUUUCAAUUUCCGAUCACAAAAACACUUGUUACUCCACUGUUUCCACUUCUAAACUGACAAUCUGGGGUUCAAGACACGGAAAAUGAAGUAAGCAGCCGUUUUCAGGUAUAAUUAGAAAGGAGGGAGACAAUAGAACAAUGAGAGGAGCACCGUUACCAUAGGGUCACUUUCGUCUCUAAAGGGUUAUUACAUAUAAGGUUAGUUUUGUUUUAAUACCAAUGAUUUUUUUCAUUUUGGAAUCCAUUUCUCAGUAAAUAGUAUAGUGUUUACACAAGUUAUUCUACUUUUUAUUUCUUCAACAAAUUAAAUAUUCAUAAAACUAUCUCUAUAUUUUUUCAAACCUAAUGGUACAUGUACAUGUGUACAUACAUGUAUUUCUUCACCCCUUUGGUGCUAAUACUUUCGAUUUUUUUUACAGUACCAGUUUCAUUUACAUCAUAAAUGAGAGUACCAUCUGCAAAUGCUAGACUGUGGUUGAAGACAUUUUAAAUAUUAACAAAAAUAUACUUUGACCGUUUCUUUUAUGAAUGUUGAUGCCCUUACCAAACUACAGUUUUCGGGACCAUUAAACAUUAAAGCGCAUUUUUUAUAAUAUUCACAUGUGGUCUCCUCAUGUUCAGCCGUAAUAUUUUUCUAAUGGAAUAGUUGGGCGUCUGACGGUUAUAUUUUACUUCCUGCUAUACCUUUGUAAUGAAGAAAAAAGAAUGGAAUAUUUUUUUAUAUUUGAGCCGGCCUUUAUCGCAUUAUCGCCUUCUUCAUUUGCUCUUCUGAAUAAAUUCCUAUUUUUCUUACCUUUUUGUUUCUGUCCAUUCUUUGAUAAAUUAAUAAUUACAAAUGUAUUAAUGACUUAAUCGAAAUAAUACAUAAAGAACCAAGCGCAUUAUCUCUUUGACAACAAUUAUACAGUGGAUCGUGACUCACUGAGGCUAAGGCAUCAAUUUGUGUUAUUUUACAGCGAAGAAAACAUGAUUAGAGUUAGGAAAUAAAAUGGUCUGAAUAAUUGAUGUAACUAAUUCCACUUAUAAAUAGAAAUUCAUGAAAACUCAUCAGAUAUUUUAGUAGGUAUAACAAAUCACAUUUUUCAGAAAUUUUAUAAUUUUCUUAAGUAUACCGUGAAAUUAUUUAGGAAGGUUGAUUUCAUUCACAACGACUUGAUUUCGCAAAGUAAAAGUUCAAACUGUACAUUUUAUCUAAAACAAUUAUAUUUAACAAGAUUACAAUAGUGAGGUUAGGUUAGUUUUAUCUUUUUAUUCAAAUUAUAUGGUAAAACGUACCUGUUUUGAUUGGAGUCGAAUAUAUACUUUAGUAAACGUCCUAGUGAAUGUAUACAAGUUAAAAUAAUUUAUUUUUUUUUUCGAAUAUAAGGAAAUAAUAACUGAUCUAAAAUCACAGCUAUUGUAUCUAAAUGGACGAUAUGUUUGUUUAGAUACAGUUACAAAUUGUGACGUCACCACUAAUACUGCGUAUUAUAAACAAAGUACCAACUUACUUUUUUAAAAUAUUUUCGUGACAUCACAACAAAAGCAGGUGUAGUACGUCAACAUGUGAGAGUAGUAACGCGAGAACUGAUCGAGAGGGGAUUACUUGCGGGGGGAUGUAUGUGCUGGGAAAAGCCGCAGCGCUAGUCGUGUGAAUUUCAUGCGUGAGCCACCGUUUGCCCGGUGAUCCUAUAUAAAAAACCAAACAAACUUAUUUAUGAAUCAUAUAAAUGAAUUGCUACACUCUUUAAUUUAAAGAGUUUUUUCAUAUUAACAUAAGUUCAAAUUACUUAUUACAUAUUUAAUUAUAUUUAAUGACUGGGGGGAAAAUUAGAAUGGUGUAUGCUUUAUAAUAGACGUUUUUGUAUCUGUAUUGGAGUUUUGCUCUAAUAAUCGUAUCAACUCACAUUGUACAUACUUAUCUUUUUUUAUAUUAUGUUCAAUUGAAAUUAAUGAUUGUUGGAUAAAUGUGACAAUGAGGAUUAAGUUCCUUUUUUUCUUAUAUAUCUGCAUCAAUUAUUUUUAUGACUUGUGAAUUUUUUGUAAUUUUAGGUAUGUAUUAUUGAUCAUUUUAUCGAUCAUUCAUACCUUGCGGCAACUGAUUCAUUAUGUUUAUGUAAUUGUAAAAAUUUGUAUUUUAUUAAUAAUUAUUUAUGUUUAAAUUUGUUAUAUGUGGUACAACUACUAGUCAUAUGUUACCAAUAAUCACAAAUGCAAAUUGUAUACAAAACAAGGGAUCAAAAGUCACAAGAUAAUUUCUGAUCUACUCUUAAUUUAUUGAUAUAGAAUCCUGCACUUAGAUGCUGAGAAAUGGAUUUGUGAUUACUAUGAGAAUAACACUUUAGUCAUUGAUAAUUAGAAAAUACGUAGGUUUUUGAUUGCUUAAAUAUACCUAUGUGAAAAACUAUUUCAACACAAUGUGUUAUCUGGAAGUUUUAUGAUAAAUAAUGGUCUUCUCACAUUAUUAGUGCUGGAUUGUGCAUUUUGUAAGUUUCGUCUCUCAUCUACCACUUUAUUGUAAGUAGUCAUCUGCAAAUAUAUAUAUUUUCAUGAUAUUUGUCAAUUUUUAUAAAAAUUCAUGUGGUAUUGAGCUCAUAUUUAUUGUCAGUCUUCAAAAUCACUGGUGCUAUUGUCUUGUAAAUAUUUUGAUACUUCUGAUAUUUACCGUAUACUACACAAUUAGAGAAAAUAUGAAGUAAUAGAAAACUUCUCUGUUGCUGACUGUUAUUGAUUAAAAUUAACCGAGAAGAAAUUUUUUUACUAUUUGUCGGAUAUCCCUACCGACUGCGCCAAUUAUUUUACGUUGACUUAUUUUUUAAAACAGCGAAAUAGUAUUUAUUGAAAUAAUGGUAAAGGAAAUUAAACAUUCACUAUUCGUGGAAAACCAUGCCCACAUUUGCAUUUGUUAUCUUCCAUAUACAUGUCAAGAAGAAAUCAUUUAACUACUUAUUACCUAUUAACACAUAUCAGUAAAAUGUGUUAGGUUAUUUUUCACCAAAUAAUUCAUAAAAGCCCAAUUUUCCUGAAUUGAUUACCUUUUUCUGUAGUAUGAGCAAAAGUAAAAUGAAAUCGGAUUUUCAUUUUACAUUAAGAAAAAAAGAGAUGCUUCUAUGUACAGUAGAAAAUAAUCACAACUCAUAUCAUGUAACAGUUCAUUAUAAAACAUUAUACUCGUAUUAUAAUUUUUGUAUUUGUAUACCAAAUAUCUAGAAAAUAUAUAUCUAAUCGAAAUAUGGUCAUUUCUUAGUUAGGAAAUCAAAUUUUCACUCAAAUAACAAAAGACAUGGAUAUUAUAUAGUAUACAUUUCAACGAAUGAGAAAGGCUGAGGAAAAAUGAAAAAGCACAGGCUAAUGAAAAUUAAAACUGAUGAAGGCAUUUAUUUUGUAUUAUUUGGAUGUGGCACGAGUCUUUUUUUUAGCAAAUAGUCUUCUUACAAUAAUUUUUUUAUAACUGGGCUUUUAGUAUUUAUUAUUAAAAUGUAUAUAAGAUAAUUCUUUCUAGUUUUGUAUUGUGUAUAAUAAAAUUUUGUCAAACUGCAA